GGGGAUAUGCAAUGAGGCAUAGAUGCUCCGGCUGCUGUGGACGGCGGGACACUUGCUGUUUUGGCAGAACCAGAGCACGAGGAGAGGAGAAAUCCCGGGUGGACAGACAAAACUAGUAGACCCAUAUUUCCUACAGCUCCAGCAUGGCCUCAAAGUGCCCCAAGUGCGACAAGACGGUGUAUUUCGCUGAGAAGGUGUCAUCGCUUGGGAAGGACUGGCACAAACUGUGCCUCAAAUGCGACCGCUGCAACAAGCUUCUGAAUGCAGGAGGCCACGCAGAGCACGAUGGAAGGCCCUACUGUCACAAACCAUGCUAUGCUGCCCUCUUUGGGCCAAAAGGUGUUAACAUUGGAGGAGCAGGUUCUUAUGUGUACGAUGCUCCAGCCAGCGACAACACCGGUGGGGAUUCAGCCUCUAAAGUUGAAGAGAAGCGUGUGUACGCGCCAAAGGCGCCAUCAAAAGCUGGCAGCAUUACCACUUUCUCCGGCGAGGCCAACCUCUGUCCCCGAUGCAACAAGAAGGUGUACUUUGCUGAGAAGGUGACCUCCCUGGGGAAGGACUGGCACCGGCCCUGUCUGCGCUGUGAGAGGUGCAGCAAGACUCUGGCUCCUGGCAGCCACGCAGAGCAUGACGGCCAGCCCUACUGCCACAAACCCUGCUACGCCGUCCUCUUUGGACCCAAAGGCGUCAACACUGGCGGAGUGGGCAGCUACAUCUAUGACAAGGAGCCCAGUGCAGUGACCCAGCCUUGAACCUUUUGUCCCUCCCAACACCCCCUCAGCCUCACCCUCCUCUUCUCUACAUUACACUGACCAACACCCACAGUAUUAUGUGCUGAAUUUCUUUUUUCUCACCCUCCUCCCUAUUCGUUUGUUCACACCUGAGGCAGCUGUCGGUCGGCUGCGACUCCCUUUCCCAGCUCUUCUGCCAUUCCCAGGAUCAGAUAAAGCAGCACGGAGGAAAAUUAACUGAACUCGAAUGGAGAAAGGAGCACAGACACGUCAAAGUAUCUCAUAAAAAAAAAAAAAUCUGACAAAGGAUGUUUUUUCUAGUUUCUAGUGGAAGUAUCUUAGUACAUUUGAAAUAAGACAAAGCUCAUUUGCAGGUAGAUUUUCAGCAAGAUAUAUAAGCUUAUUGUAAGUAAAUAAUUUCACAAUAUUGAUUUUAAGAAGUGCUAGUUCCACUUGCAAAUUAUUUCAUUUAUAACAUAUGAAAAAAUGUCUUGUUAUAGUGAAAAAAUCUGCUAGUGAAUUUAUUUAUUUUUUAUCAACAUUAGGGAAUUAUUUACAUAAAACAAGCUCCUGUGUCUUGCUGAAAAGUUACUAAUAGGUUAGUUGUGCCUUAUUUAAAGUGUACUAAGAUAUUUGCACUAGAAACUGAAAGUUUGCUGCUUCCAGUGUGCGUUUCUUUUUUUUUUUUUUUUCUCCACAAAAGCUAAAGCUGUUGCCACAUUUCCACUGUAAUGCGGUUUCACAACAGGAGACUUCAAGUCUCUCCGUCUCGCGUAUUUCACCCCGCAAAACUUAAUCGAAUCUGUCCUCCGGGUUAUUUGAGGAUAUAUGCGAGGAAAUAAAAAUCUGACCGCCAGGGAUUCUCAGGUGCUGCUUUUACUGCCGCCUGACGACAGACUUGGAAAUUUAACCUGGGAGGCUGUUUGCAUGCACAGAUGGUCUUGAGGAAUGGAGCGCCGUGCCAAUAAUUCUCUAUUUUGCAAACGCCAUAUUCGUAGUUUGGCUGUGUGACAACGUUGCUGCUACGAGAGGGAAGAAAUCUGAGCCCAUUAUGAAAAGGUGGGGAAAAGUAUUAUGAACAUAUGCUCUAAAGCAUCAGCUUGAUUUGAAUUUCACAUGUGAGAAUAGUGCACAAAAAAAUAAAUGAAGUUCAACUACAAGGGUUAUUGUGAAUAAUAGUAAAUUGAAAUUAGAAGAGCUGUGGUUUUGAACAUGUUCUACAAAUUGAAAAAUAUGUGGAAUAUAUUGGUGUUUCACCUCCCCCAGAACAAUGUUGAUCUUUUGCGUUAUGUUUUAUAAGUAACCUAUAAAAGAUGGUUAGUUGACAUUAAAGUUAAAUGCAACUAAAUAAUGCACCAACUGCAAAUGCACCAAAUUCUUCUGGUGAUUUGUAAGCUAAAAGUUUCAAAACCAUGAAACGUUUUCUUUUUAACAUACCUUGGGGUUUGGCAGAUAAAAACGCAAUUGAAGUUUGUGGUUAUAGCAUAAGCUAGCAGUUUGAUUCUUUUCCAACUGCUAGUAGUUCUUUAAAGCUAGCAGUUUGAUUCUUUUCAAACUGCUAGCAGUUCUUUCAAACUUACAAGCUCAAUAUGAUGAACACCCGCAUCCUCCCCUCCCCCCAUCUACUACAUGUAAACAUUUGGGGUUUUUAUUUUCCUAAAAGUUAUCAUAUGGGUGAAGUUCGGAGGAGGUCGGGCUGUGGGUAUUUAUUGCUUUAACUGAAGUCCUUUAAAUUUCAGCCAUCGUACUACUAGCUUCCGUACGGAAGAACACAUCAUGGAGAUGAUUACACAAAGCAAUGCCUGCUGUACAAAAUCUUUAAUGAUCAAGAUUUUUUUUUUAUUCUUUUGAAAAAAAAAGUUACCCUGCUGUUUUCCAGGAUAUGAUGCGCCAUUUUAAGUUUUUUGUUUUUUUUUGUUUGUUUUUUUGCCUUUAGCCAACAUGUUAGCUUAGUUUGUAAACGUACGGACAAGUCAUUCUGUAAGAAUGUGCAUUUUAGCAUUAAUGUAUGAUCGUCACUGUUUGUUGUGGAUCGUAGGGCUUCAUAGACACUCGCUGGGCAACGGCCUUUUUGUUUUUAUUUUUAUUUUACUGUAUUUUAUUUCAGAAGCUCCGUUUCUGCGUUAUGAAAGAUGUUUGACUAAUUCUGAUUUUUUGUUUUUGUUUUUCUUUUCAUAAACUGCAAAUAAACGAACACUAAACUUGC